AUGCGAGCGACUGGAGAUAUCUCACUGGGCGCUCCAGUUGAAGCACCAUCGCAAAGCGAUGGUGCCAGGGCCCUCGGGCCAAAAGUGGGUGCAUGUGUAUUAGCAGGUGGCGGGCGUAGCCGCAUUUACCACCAAAAUCAGGGUUCGGCCGAGAUUCGAAAAUUACAAAACUUCAAAGAAACGGGCAGGGUUAUCCGCCAUAUAAGACCAGAGGCGCCAAAAUUUCUGUACAACGCUUUCAACAGAGAAGAAAAUCCUUGCAAUACAAUGUACGAUUCAGCGCAGGCUCAAAUAUCGCUUGAACUUGACAACGACUGUUUCUACCUGCCAGGACUGCGAUUCGACGAAAAGACGCUGAUGCAACAGCACAGUAGCUUUCAAAACGCUGCUCUACGAGAGUCCCACACGGCAGUAACGGGACGGGUACGAGUAAUUGUUAAGCAAAAAAGGGGGUUUCUGUUCCAGACGCUAUGCGUUCGGCUCAGCUGCUAUUCGGCGCAGUUUAUGUACACCCGGAGCCCGUUUACGGGCAAUAUGCUCCAGACGCUCUCACGAGACAAAAAGAGUGGCCUUUUCAAGCAUUACUGGCCUACUAUCCAGGACGUGAUACAUUUCGGGUCUGACAGAAAAGCUGUUGAGGACAACAAAAAUUCGGGCGAUUUGAAUGGAUUGACCUUUCUUGAACAGGGCACGUACGAUUUCAUUUUCUCCUUUAAUCUUGACGCAAAUUCUUUUCUAGCCUCUGUAAACACGCAUUGCGGGUCAAACGUUUACCGGGCCGAGGCUUGUGUGACGGUACCGAAAGCCAGACGCAAAUUUGAAACCAUUUUCAUGAGCUCCGAGUUUCAAGUCAGAAAGACUAUGUUACCAAAACUAAUUCCAUACUUCGAGAGCGCCAUGAGUCAUAAUUUCUGGGAAAGUGGCAUGCUAGAGUCAGAAUUUGUGUUGGGCUCGCGACUAAUCGAAUUUGAUACUCCGUUCCAACUUUCGCUGCAACUGCUGAGACAAAGACUUGAUUUCUGUAAGAUUAUGACGGUAGACAUUAUUCUGCAGCAAACCAUUUCUUUUCCUCUGGAGAACGGUGAGGGCUACCAUGAAAAGCAAAUGGGCAAAAUCCUUGCAUCAGUGACCGACCUGGACCAGACUCAAAUGUGCCACAGCCUGACGUUCGAUAAUCUUAUCGCAAAGCAAUGUUUUGGCGGCACAACAGCUGAUUCCAAAUUUUUUCCAUACCAUUUUGAACUCGGGCCUUUGAAAGACGCCCAAGGUAAUCCAUGCCACAGUCUGAAAAUCUCGCAUGAAGUACGAGCGAGAGUCAAGGUCGUCACUAUGCGUCCUAAUGGCCAAGCCGUUAAAGCACAAUAUAUUUUGAGUGUUCCGGUGGUUCUACUAGAUGCCGACAUGAAUCAUUCGUCAUACCUUCCGAGGUAUGAACCCAAACAGAUCAACGACAUCGGAGACGCAGGAAAUCAGUCUUUGGGAGGUUUGGACAGCUUCGUCCCGCCAGCAUAUUCUGAAUUGCCAGCAUAUUCUUCUAUUAUCCAGACCAAUUAG